AUUUAUUGAUGCGCAUACGAAACGCCGCUGACGAAGCUGUCAAACGUGAAUGUAAUAAUCGCUUUUAAUUUAUAGAAAAUAAUAAUAAAAUCGUGUGAUCGUGGGUGUAAUUAUACCUCUAAUACUUAGUAUAACUUGUUAGGAUUAAAAAGGACUAAAUAUUCAUAGAGUUAAGAAAAUCGCAAAAUGUCUGACAGACUGAAAAGUACAAACAGCGUUUCUAACGAAGAAGUUAUUCAAGAUUUGACAAAGAACUUGGAAUUUUCCCUACGCGCUGACGAUGACGACGGGUUAAAGUCUAGUGAUCGUGAUGAGGAUUCUCCUGCAUCUGGCAAUUCUUCUAAAGCAAGUCCACCGGUUGAUUCUAUAUUCAAAGACGAAGAUGACGAUGAUGAUGUUAAAAAUGAACAAUCUGAUAAAGAAGAAAGCGAUACAGACUCGAUUGAUGAGCUCUCACUGAAGGAUGCAGAAGUCGACCUGACAGAUGAUCAGAAAUCUGAUCGUCGGAGUGUUGCUGAAGUACUUAAGACGAAGGGAAACCUGGCAUUCAAAAAUGAAGAAUUCGAGCAGAGUAUUGAAAAAUACACUGAAGCAUUGAGAAUCUGUCCCCUACAGUUUGCCGAGCAACGCGCGGUACUUUACUGCAACAGGAGCGCAGCGAAAUUAAAAUUAGGGCGAUAUAAGCAAGCGAUCAAGGAUUGCACGAAGGCUGUGGAGCUGGAUGACAAAUAUGUUAAGGCAUAUUACAGGCGAGCCCAGUGUUAUGAAUUAACAGAGAAGCUCGACGAAAGCUUGGAGGAUUAUAAAAAGAUGCUGUUAAUCGAUCCGACACACAAAGAGGCACAAAGCGCGGUGGUGCGCCUGCCGCCGUUGAUCGCUGAAAGGAAUGAGCAGUUGAAAACUGAAAUGUUGGACAAACUAAAAGAUUUGGGGAACAUGAUAUUGAGGCCAUUCGGCCUUUCCACUCAGAACUUUCAAAUGGAACAAGACCCGGACACAAAAGGCUAUAAGAUUAACUUCAAACAAUAGAUAUCUGUGUUGAGUUUUAUUCUAUAAAUAUUAAGUUACACCUUGUGAUAUUGUUAAUAUAUUUAGCUUUGAAAAACUA